GGGGGUGGUGGGGUUCUAUCACACCAUAACCAGUGCUUAUAGAAGAAUCCAGUUUGGAUCUCACACUUAAAAGGAGACGCCUGGCCAUAAUUCCAGGUGCUCUCACAAAGUCAGACUCUUCCCAGGAAUUUGCAGGGUUCCAUGCUUGGAGAACUUCUUGCUGGAGCUGGGUGGAACUCAUUGUUUUCUUCAUUUCGUGCUUGUGAAGGAGAGGAAUAUAGUAUUAAAAAAAAAAAAAGUGAAAAGGAAUCAUCUGCUGAUGGUGUCACCCUUGGUUAUUAAUUUAUUUUUAAGUAGGGGCACAUAACUUGGAGUAGUUUACUUUUUACAGCACCUUUCUAGCACAUUUUUUGUUUAGGGGGCAGAAUUGCUGCCUUAGGAUUCAAAUAGUUAUAACUUUAUUACCAUUAGAUUAAGUCAGCACAGUGUUGCUAAGUGAGAUGCAAAAGCUUUUCAUGUUAAACAUCUGGAAUUGCAUUGUGAUGUUUGAAUGCAGCGUAAGUCUGAGUGGAAAUCUUGUCAUUUUUAUGAUACAGACUGCAUUUAGUGCAGAUCCAUGUGCUGGACUCAUCACAAGUGACAGGCACCAGUUAAUGCUUUGUCCAAAGUUAAUAAACAGCACUGCAGAGCAGAGAGUGCAUUUGUACUGCAGGCUUGGAACUACAGUAAAUGGAGAAAUUCAGGAGCAGUUCAAAAUCCCUGAAGAUGGAUGAGAUCCAGCAACCACCCGAGCACCAAGUUCAUGCAGCUGGACAAUCUGCUGCUCCCCAGUCUGCCACACAUGAAUUUCAGGACAGAGGUCACAACAAGCCAGGUCAAGAUGGGUGUACCCAGAGUCAAAGAAGAAUGGUAAAAAAAUUCCAAAGCAGAUACCUAGCAAGGAAGUUUUUCUAUCAGUGGGCAAAAAUAACAUUUGGACAAGUUCUCCCUUCCAAAGCCAGAUGUUUUUAUGAACAGAAGAUUCUUCAAAAAACGUUUGGAGAGUGGAAGGAGCAGUGGACACUUUGCAGAGAAAGGGAGCUCAACCUCAAAGCAGACAACCAUCACAGGCAUUUACUCCUUAAUUUGAUAUUCAAGGCUUGGAGAGCCUAUGUAUGCCAACAGCAAGGAAAGAGGAGCAAGUAUUCUGUUGCAGAGUCUCAUGCAAAGAAGCAAACUCUGCUCAGGACCUGGCAGCACUGGCUGGUUUAUGUUGAUGUUCAAAGGACAAAACAGGGGAUGCAGUCUGUGGCACUGGCAUUCAGGACAAGAAGCUGUUUGCGCAUUUCAUGGGCACUGUGGAGAAGACAGCAUUACCAGAAAUGCUCUGGACAUAAAAUGAAUAUUUUGGCUCUGCAGCAUUGGGCCCAGAGCCUGCAAUUUCGAGCUUGGUUGCAGUGGCGAGAGCUGUAUUCACACAGCCAGAAUGAAAAGCAGAAGGACACCAGGGCAGUAACUCACCAUCAGCACUGGGAGCUGAGGAGGUGCAUGGGAGCAUGGCUGGGAUACCUGAACCUCCACAGAGCAAAGAAAUGCCAGAAUGAGCUGGCCCAAGAGUUUCACCGAAGCAGGAUGCUCCGGAGGUGCUUCUCUGAUUGGCAGCUGUCAUGGGAGUGCAGGAGAAGAAUGCAUGCUCAUGGAAGGGACCUGGAAAAACAAGCAGCAAGGAUUGCCUUAUGGAGAGCCUUUGCACACUGGAAGCAUUAUGUUGUGCUGUGUGUGGAAGAGGCUCAGCAGUGUGAGCUGGCUGAAAAGCACUACAAGUGUCACCUGUUGGAACUUGGCCUUAAGGGUCUUCGUCAGAACGUCCUGGACACUCGUCUUCAGAGAAUGAGAACAAAUCUCUCAUCCUGUCAGCAUCGAGUUACAGUGCUGCAGAAGUACUGGAACCGUUGGAAGUCCCGUUUGGAAGAGAAGGAGGAGGAACAGCAGCAGGCCUUAACAGCAGUGGCUCAUGCCCGUUACAGGAGGGUGUUGAUGAGACAGGUAUUUGACACAUGGUGGCUGAAGGCCAGAAAGCUGCAAGAAUAUCGAAUGGAAGAGAAGAGGGCUGUCCUCCAUUUCGAAGGGCAGCUCUUGCGCUGCUCCUGGUGCUGCUGGCGGAGGAGAACAGCUGCACGUUUGGAGGAGCAGGAGGCCUUGGUUCGUGCAGGAGAUCACUACAGGAACCAGCUGCUGCUAAAGGCCUUCUGUCUCUGGAAACAAAAGACUCAGGAGAAAGAAACAGAGAGGCUCAAGGAGACAGAAGCAUUAAGAUUUCACUGUUCAAAGUGUCUGCAGCAGACUUGGAACAAGUGGAGAGAGUAUGUGGGACACCAGCGUGAGAAAUGGAGGAAGCUGGUGCAAGCAGACCUGCACUAUGGACGUGUGCUGCUGGGCAAGACCUUGGCAGCUUGGAAGAUUUACCAACAAAACAUGCAGUGCAUUCUGUAUGAAGUAGCUGAGAAGGAAAAACAGCACACUCGACUGCUGCUGCGACAGGUGGUGUGUACGUGGAGAGAAAAUGCUCUUGCUCUUAUACAUGAAUCUGAGGCAACUACUCGGGCAGAUGAGCACUACAGGAGAGCAAUCCUGUCAAAGGUGCUGCUGCAGUGGAGAGACACUGCCUGGCUACGAGCGUGUCACCGCCACCUGAAGGUGACAGCUGUGGUGGAGGCCAGAAAACAGCUGGAUUUAGUGCGUUUACAGAGCCUGUUUCUGCACUGGAAGGAAUUAAUGAGGGAUUCUCUGAUGCUGAGGGCUCAGCACCACAGGGCAGUGCAGCACCACCAGCAGCACCUGCUCCAGAAGUACCUGGUGAAAUGGAAAAAUUAUCAUCAGCAGUGCCUUGGGAAAAAGUUGCUGCAGAGGAGGGGAGAUGAACUAAUGACUCAUAGACUUUGCUCUGCUUCCUUCUCUUGCUGGAAAACUCGGCUGUUGCAGCUGCAAUGGGAAAAGCAGAGGACAGUGCAAGCAUUGUGGCACUGGUCCCUUUCAGUGCAGAGAAAGGUAUUUGAUGCUUGGCUCAGGUUUGCCAAGAGGCAGCAGGAGAAGAAAGAUGGCAUUGAAAAAGUCACAGGAAUUCACCACACAACUCCUUUGAGAGAAGGUGUAACCUGUGCCUUGAGAAACACUGCUGGCAUCAAACAGCUGCAGGGACAGCUCCAUACUCAGCCCCAGCUGGAGAAGCAAGUGACAUUUAAAAGGCCUGAUAUUAGUCCUGAGACAAGAGGACAUUCAUCAGAGGAAGAGCUGUGGCCUUCAAAAUGCAGACAUCUACCACUUCACCCUGCUGAGGGGGUCUCACUUCUGCAUAGCCUAAAUGCCAUUCAACAAGCCAGGUUACCACCACGGAAGCCUGACUUCCCUCUGGAAUCUCUAGAAAGCAAGGAACUGCUGGGACCUCCUUUUACUAGGUCAGAGGUGCCCUUUCAGCAAAUAUCUGUGAAUAAAUGUCCUGCACAGACUGGCAACUUAAUGCUGACACCUCACAUGGAAGAAAGCACCUGUAAAUGUCUGUCUCAGAUGGACAGUGCUGCUCAUCCCCAUCCCUCUCUCACUUGUGCUUCUCUCCCCCUGUGGACACAGGACAAGCACAGAGCUGGGCAGGGGCCAGAGCUGUGGUCUCCUGCAUCUUUCGUGUCCCACAUGAAAGCUGGCUCAGAAGAGAGAGGAGGUCAGCCUGCCAGUGGUCACAAAGGAGCCCAUUCCCAGAACUUGCAACAGAAUUCUGUGGAGAAGAAGUUGGCACCAAAUUUGCAGCCACAUUUGCUGUCAUCUGAAGACUUGGUGGGAAAAGGGAGUCACCAGACUGCAGCUGAAGGGGAAAAGAGAGAACACAGUUCCAGAGAAGAAAUGAUGCUGGAGAGAAAGGUGGAAGUUGAACUCUGGCAUAUCCAGCAGCAGAUGCAGUACUACUACAGCAGGAAGCAGGAACUCAAGUGCUGUCAGCAGCAGGCACAGAUUCUGCAGCAGUGGCUGGAGAUGAGCAAGCAAGCAGGAGCCCAAGAUGGUGUGCAAGGAGUUCAGGAAGAAUUGGGUCAGCUGCAGGUGAGGAUCAAUGCUCUCACCAAAGCACAGCUGGCUGACAGACAUCACGUGCAGGCCCUGCUUGCCCGCCUGCGAGAUAUCCAGCUUGCCCUGGAUCUGUAGUGCACCUUCCAGCUUCUCAGCUCAGGGGUAGGACUUUUUGCCCCCCUUCAUAGCAGGGGACAAUGGAAGAGAUGUAUCCCUUCACUUAGUUCUAUGUAUGGAAUUUAUAUUUGAUAAAUUAAGUGAAAAUAAUUUUGCUUUUUUAUUGUUACUCUAGCUGAUCAAAACCAAACUGGAGCUACAUCUACCUCAUGCUGCACUUGCAAUACCUAGUUUAGGUUGCCUGUCAUGCCACAAAGAUAAGCAACACAGAUAAGACUCUUUAUUUCAAAAUGUUUGCAAUUAAAUGAGUUCAUGUCAGUAAGUCAUACACUUUGACAUACAAAAAUACCGUGCUACUGAUACAGUUGAAUUAAACGGAUUCUCCAUGCAGGAGAAAUUCACAGCAUUAUCAGUACCCUCGAGGAACUUUUUCACUCCUGGGGUGCAUUGCUGGCCCCUGCAUCACAAGCAAUGUUGGUUUAUUAGCUUGCUCUGCACAGUAUUAAAACCAUCAUAACAACAGCCACUUGCAUGCUGAAUCCUCUCUUCUGAGAUUUCUAAUAAAGCAAACAUCAAGCAACUCAUCCUCCAUCACUAGGCUAAUAUUUACCUUCACAUACUAUAGAUGAUGCUGCUGAGUAGGAAGAAAUUAAAGCUUAAACUUCCUUUGGCUCUGUCUGGAUGUCACAGACCUCAGUGGAAAAGAAAGAAAAUAUUCAGUUGUCUUUUUCUCUCAUCCACUGGAACAAAUUUGCUUUCUCUUGUUAACAUGACAUUGAAAUUGAAUCAAAAAGCUGAACCUAACUUUAUCCUCUUGGUGCUGAUAUUUGCCUUUAUCUUUUCUCAUUCUCAAAGAUUUAAAAAGACUUUUAUCUGAUACCAUACUGCUGCAGGAGUAAACUUGCUAAUACCAAGAAUUUUAACAAGAUAGGUGGCUGAGAGCCACUUCAAGCUUUCAAACUCCUCCCUGUGUAAAGUGAGGAAACACUGACUCCUGGAGCCAAAUGAAUUUUCUCCUGCUUGUCACCCAAACAGCCACCCUCAUCUGACUCAUGCCUGGGAUGCAUCACUUAGAGGCAGUUUAUCGUCCCUUCCUUGCCGAUGACAAGCUAAGCAUACAGGACUUGGCAAACUGGACAUUUGUACAACAAAAUUAUAUUCUGUCUUCUGCAGUGCAUACAAAAAAGGGUUUCUUUAGGAGAUCAGAGCUCGUCAAAGCCUCUCAUCUCCUUGAAGUAGCAGAAAAGAGCUCAAGCAAGGAAGUAAUAGGAGAAAUCUUUCAGAAAGCACAAAGGCAGGUUUCAUAAGUGUGUCCACUCCAACAAGCUCUGGAUAGCAAAAUCAGUUCUAAGUGUUUGAGUGCUGGGACUUGAAACAGUUUAUUCUCAACAAACAAUGUAUACAUCGCUUUAAAACUCAAUUCCUCUUCACUCUGGCAGUGGUUUUUAUCAGUGCCACAUGCAGUAGAUCCAAGGUGUUAGAUUUUAACUCUUCUUGAUGUGAAGUCACAAAGAGGCUUUAAAAUUUUACAGCACAGAUUUCAGCCCCCAGCACAUUCCUAGCAUUAAGUAUGAGGGUACAAGUCAGAGCCAGUGUGGUUUUUUGUUUUGUAUUUUGAAUAAGAUGAAGUUGUUGCCCAGUCAAGGGAGGGCCAGACUGGUACCUGGGAAGCAACAUGGGAUUUCUUUAAAAAGCCAUAAAUAUUUUAAACACAGUCAGUGCAUAGGCAUAGGGCAUUUCACUCUCUACAAUAAAAAUUGGUCCUGAAGUAGCUGAAGCUGUCCUUUAACAGAGGAACUAAUUCUUCAAUAAUUUAGUGAUAAAGUAACAAGAUACAUAGCAGAAAGAAAAAGCAUACUUUAGUUGCCAUCACAUCACCCAGCAAAAAUAUGCCCUGUGUCUUCUAACUCCUUAAUCCAAGAGAUGAUGUUAACUGUCUUUCAUAAAGACAAAAACUUUAAGGCCUGGAGUAACAAAAUAAAACAAACAAAACAAUGGAUUAGGAAGAGGACACAGAGCUUUGUCUGUCUUUAAAAAAAAUAAGAAAGAAAGAAAAUCGCAAUAUGACAAGUUCUGUUGUCUGGAAUGUAGACACUGUUUUCAGGUUUAAAAUACAGUCAAAAGCCCAUUUUUAAAGGGACAAUGUCAGACAAAAGAACUAAAGUUGUCUAAUAGUACAAAACUCAGGAUGAGGGAUGAGUGUCACUCAUUGUACUGACUGACUGUUAAACAUAUUGCUUUGUUUGGGCCAUGAAGCCACACCAGCAAAUUUCACUGUUUGGCCACCUGUGAAUUGAGAGACUGCUUUUAUCUAGCAAUUGGGUGGAGUUUCUUAGAAUAAAAUAAAGAUGAGAAUAUAUUCUUUACUCAAGGUCUGAAAAACAGAUACUGUAGAUAGAAGGUACAAGGUCUGACUCAGCCUGUCAGUGUCCCUUUAAAUAUAGGUAAUCUCUACCCUUUCCCACUGCACCUGCCUAGGAAGGCUUAAAAGGGACUUAGAGGCUCUAAGAACAUAAUUAUCCUGUGGCACAUUCAGGGGAGAACAUGAAAGACUACAGGCACAGGGUGGGCCUGAAACCACCAUGGGCAACAUCUUUAAAGGCAGCUGUACCCGAUACAUCCAUGAUCAUUCAAUUCAGUUUCUACAUUCAGCAGCAGGUAAAUGUAGACCAAAUACUUUCAAGUUUAAUGCAGCAGUGACAUCUUCCUCCUCACCCAGGUCCUGCUGAGUGAUACAAACUUGAUAAGUGAAACAGUGGUGUGAAGAGUCCCUUUUUAUAGAAAAUCUUCUUGCUGAGAGAGUUCCUAUAGAGAGCCCAGUGCUUCUCCAAAGCGGAUUUUCUGUCCAGCUUUGAGGUUGAAUCUGAAGUCCUUGGGUGCCUCAAAGAUUAGUACGAUCGUAGAGCCUAAGUUAAAUUCCCCUAAAUGUUCCCCUUUCCUCAUGGGGAUUCCCUCCUUGUUGUUGUUGGAUAUGAAGCUGAAGUCAUUGUAGGAACCUUUAGAGUAACUUGGACUGUUUGUGUGCAAGUCCUGUACAGAGAAGGAAGAAGAGAAGGAUUUACUGCAGGAUUUCAGUGCUCUGUAUUCAUUCAUCACCACAGCUGUGGACUGUACAUACUCAGGCAUUUUCCAUGCAUGAACUCACAGUUCAAAGGUGCAACAGGAAUAUUUUAAAAAUUGUCUAUAUUGAAGACAACACUGUUUAAACCAGUCUUAGAGUAUCAGUACUGUGAAACACCCUAAUUUCAGGGUAAUAAAUUAUUUUUUUUUAAAUUUUGUUAUGCUGCACCAACCUCAACCAUUAACACCAGAAAGGUGCUGCUGUGAUCCUGCUCACCUGGUCAAAGUAGAUGCGGAUGGAGCCCACGUUUGUUGCUCCUACAGCUGUUAAUGAGAAGAAGCCAUGUUUCCAGUCACCUGUAAGGACAACCCGUUCAUUGUGGCAGAACAGUUCCUUGAUCCAGCGAGCAACUCCAGGAUUGACAGACAUCAGAGAACCUGAAGAAGUGAGAAAAUAUUCAGGUUAGCUUGUCUGGUUUGUAGCAAUAUUGUAAUGCCACUCAGAUGGUGUUUUCAGUGUUAACUGGAGCUGAUCCAGUAAACAACUGUCAGUUAUUUGUAGGAAGAGAGGCAAGUGCCAGGCAGAGCAAAUGAAAGACAAGUCUGUGCUGAAAACAAAGGGGUCACAGAAGGAUGCGUGUGGUGGGUCAGUCUCUCUCUCAUGGUGUUUGAAACCAAAUCCAAAUACUUAGGAUUUUGCUAGAUACCAAAAAGUAAAAUAUUUUUAUCUGCAAGAACAUCCAAUCCCAGCUCCAGUAGUGUAACUGUUCAGUUGCAUUUUCUUUGCCAAGCACAAACAGAGAUCAUACUUUAGGCUACUGUUUGGUGUGAUCUGCAGAACUAUCUAUAUUUCAGGUGCAGACUGAAUAAACAAUGUUUGGGAACAAAUCAGGUCAACGUGAAUCCAGGGGUACUUCAAAGAACUCAGAUGGAAUACAAUAUUGCUGUUUUCACCAUUUUUAUAUGAUAUGAUCUGGUAAACUAUACAGCUGCAAAACUCACACCUGUUUGAGACUAAUCACUUUUCUACCAUUGUAUAUCACGUUACUGUACAACUUCUGCACUGCUGUGUCUCAUUCUGCAGAAGCCCAUAGCAGUGCUUUCCUGCAUAGCUGCUCUGCAGCUGUUUCCCAGGAACAGAAACCAACCUGGGAAAUGCCGUCGGUGGGACACUGUCCAGUCGGUGGGCGAGUGGAAGCAGUGAUAAUCCCCUGGUGCAAGGUAAAUUACACAGUGGUAGAGCUCAUUCCCCUCCUUUGUGACCAGUUGUUUCUGAAAAGAGUUGUCAGGUGGGGCUGAAGAAAAAGCAGGGAAAGGAAGGGGUUAAAGAUAUUCCUCCUGAAGUCAUCUACAGUAGCCAGGCAGUCUAUGUUACAGCCAAUGCAAUAGUAGAGCAUUAAAUGCAGCCCACGUGGAUUGGUGAGACUACAAACAUAGGUUUCAUGCAGAAAUCCAAUAUUUCCAAAUGUUCCUUUCCCUUUACAAGAAAAUUAGAUGCUGGACUGUUUCAAUCACAGUGAAAAAUUUUCUUUUGGAGCUUGUCCUUCCCUAAGCAAAAUAGCAGAAACUGAAAUCCAGUACAACGGAAUUUUUAUUAAAGCUACCCUUUAAGAACAUAA